AUGUAUAGCAAUUACGUGGACUCAUGCAAUGAGACGGCAUCGUUGGGCAAAGCGGUUGAUUUGGUGCAAAACAAUAACAUAAUUGCUUUCAUUGGCCCGGCAUGUAGUGAUGAUGUUGAGGUUGUGGGACGUCUGGCAUCGUAUAAGGGUAUACCGUUAUUGACGGGUUUGGGUGAUGUGGUCAGUGGUGAGCGCUCGACGUAUAGCACUUUAAUCCGAACCUCUUAUGAUCUCUGGGAUGAGGCCCGGGCUAUACUGGCCUUUCUCUCUCAUCUCAAAUGGCAUCACUUCGGACUCAUAUAUCGUUACGGAGACGUCUAUUACCAGACACUGGCCGACCAAUUGGUCAACCUUUUGGGUGACGACGAAUAUUCGCGUAAAUUUUUUUGCGAAUGUAAGGAGUCGUACGUUAGAGACGCUAAUAAAACAAUUUUGACUGAUUUGGUACAAGUGAUCGACAGAAUGACUAAAUGCGCCCGAAUGAUAAUUGGAGGUGAAAUGGAUGUGCGGGCGAUGAUGAAGAUCGCUCACCAAAAGAAGAUGACUCACUCGGGAGAGUAUGCCUUCAUUCAUACGGAACUGAUUGAAGGCGAGGCCACCGCUAAUACUUCGUGGGCCGGAGGAGCAGAGAGCGAUGAGACGAAGCAGACAUUGAAAGAAGCUUAUCAGGCAUUACUGAUUGUGAGCCUUAAUCAGCCUCCCGGAGACUUUUACAAGAAUUUUAGCGAUGAAGUCAAACAAAGGGCUUUCAAAAGCUAUAACUACACGUAUAACGAAGAGAUGGUUAACUAUUUUACGGCUUCUUUCCACGACUCGGUUCUGCUAUUAUGUCGAGCGCUUCACGAUUACCAUAAUAUGAGUGAUAGUCAGUCCACUGAUGGGCCACUUAUUGAUGGCCGACAACUGGUCGCCAGAAUGAAAAACGUGUCAUUCAGUGGUAUUUCAGGCGAUGUUACCAUUGAUAGCGAUGGCGAUCGCAUUGCCGACUAUGCACUUCUCGAUCAAACAGAUCAAGAAUCGGGUCAUUUCAAUGUUGUAAUGCGUUAUUUCGGUGCAACUAAACAGUAUGUGGGCGUUGCGCCCAUACACUGGCCUAAUGGCAAAAAACCAGUUGAUUUACCCGAAUGUGGCUUUGAUGCCUCCAAGUGUCCAGAGCUUCCGUUUUGGGAUAUACUGACGGCAUCACUGCUAACAAUAUUAGUGUUUUUGUUGGCGAUUGCGAUACUUAUAUACAGAAAAGUGAAGUUAGAGUCCGCGUUGACGAACAUGUCAUGGCGUGUCCGGUGGGAAGACAUCACAUUUCCCGAUAACGUAGGCAUUAGUGCUUUGAGUCGAUUGAGUAUUUCAAGUCAAAUGUCGAAUAAAGGGAUGGAAACGGAUUGGGUUUGUUGGGUGCCUAAUGAACACAGACAAUCUUUAAGUAUCGAUUGGUCGCCGAAAACCAAUUCUCAGAUUCUGACGGGUUUUUACAAAGGAAAUCUGGUGGCCAUCAAGCGGUUGCCACAGAAGCGCAUAGAACUGACCAGAGAUAUACUUCUUGAGCUCAAAGUGUCAAAGGAUAGGUUUAUGUUUAUUCAUGAAUCGCUGCGUUUGUUUGCGUUGAAUAACUAA